GAAAACAGCGCAGUGACACAAACGAUCCCCAGGAACUGCCCAAGUCAAACUCAAAACCCGGCCCUGCCGAGCAACUCAAGAUGGUUUUAGAAACAAUUUCAAAGAUAAUAAAAGUGCAGCUUCCGGCCUACUUGAAGAAGCUGCCGCUGCCGGAGACUAUUGGAGGUUUCGCGAGGUUAACAGUGUCUGAGUGGCUCCGGUUGCUGCCUCUCCUUGGCAUUUUGGCCCUGCUGGGCUACCUGACCAUUCGUCCGUUCCUGCCUAAGAAAAAAAAGCAGAGAGACAGCCUGAUCAACCUGAAGAUCCAGAAAGAGAACCCCAAGGUGGUCAACGAGAUAGACAUUGAGGAUUUGAACAGCGCAAAUGUGUGUUACUGUCGAUGCUGGCGCUCCAAAACUUUUCCUGUUUGUGACAAGUCACACUUAAAGCACAACGAAUUAACCGGGGACAACGUGGGACCUCUUAUCCUCAAAAAGAAGAUACUAUAAUUGACCAUGGAAAGAAGUUUACGUCUGACUAGUCUGUACUUCAUCUUUUCCUGGUAUUUUGUUUUCCUUAUAAAAUGCAGUCCAUUGAAUUUUUCUAGUUGGGGUAGUUUUGUGGAUUUCUUGUGUUUUGUUUUUUUAGUCAAGCUGUCAUUGAUUUUCUAAUUUACAUACAUAAUUGUUUAUAUAUGACUUUAAAAGUGUUUGACUCUAUACGUUGGGAUUAAAUUCAAUUUCACUGGGACCACUUUAAUGGAACAACCCAAAGCGUUAACUUUAUACCUUCUUAUAAUGUGACCUGGAGCGUGACGGCUGGUGUUUGUCCACUCGGUAUAAUGGUUGUUUAAAUGAAAUACCCAAUUUAUUAGUCCAACUUGCAUGUAACAUUUUGCCUUGUAUGCCUUCAUUUAGUUGUUUCUAGACCAUUUGCCAGCCUGAGUGCCAAAUUGUUUUUACCACAACACUUUAGAGGUGUAAUAUAUUUUCUGAUAGAUCAACAUGUAUGUAUGUAAUGAUGAAUGUAUGUAUUCAUACUGUAUGGGAUACUUACUGUAGAUUCUUGAUUUGUUCAUAGACAUUUAUUGCUAUGAGUUUUGUUGUGUUGAAACAUUUCAAGCCACUGUGCUGUUGAGGUUUCAGAACUGCAACAAGACUUUUCUGUUUGAGUUGCUGUAUUCACUGCAUUUGGCUUUUUGGCAGAAUACUUCCUGUAGUAUGAAGCAAAAAAUAUUUUCACACCUAAUGUUGGUUUUUACAGUUAGUUCUCUAUUUAUAAAUAACUUCAUAUUUGUUAAUGUUUGCGAGACUAAGUUGUUCAUACUAAAUGUUAAUAGAACUGAUCAUGAGUAAUUCAGUUGCUUAAGUUGGCAGAACCUCACCUUCUUUUUCAAUACUUUGAAAAUCUUCAUGUAACUUGAGCUGAAAAUUUAAGUUAAUGUUCCUUUUAACUCAUGUCCUUGUUGCCUUUUAUUUAAUUUCAUUCUAAAAUUGCAUUAAGUGUCUGUGCUGCAACAGUAAACAUAAUCAGCUUAGGUUGCUCUGGAAGUUUUAAUAAAAUACAAAGAGUAUGUGCUUCAUGGGUUUGAUGUUCACCACCAGUCAAAAGUUCAGAUUUACAUGGUAUUUUCCAUAUUUUAUGAAAAUUAAAGCAUUAUGUGUUAUGGUAAUGGAAUAAAUAGAAAGGAAUCAUCUUGUC